CCCCUAAUUGUGCGAUAACUAGAUUUACCAUUAUGAUAAUUGAUGCACACAAUGUACAGCAUUUGUCCUUCACUGUGUAUUUAAGGGAACAGUUGGCUAUACAAUCGCUGCACUCAUAUCCCAAGUACUGCUACAAAGAGUAUCUGUCACUUGUGUUUUCGCACUUGUUUUUCGCGAUAUUUUUCAUUGCAAAAUAUUUGUGUUGGAAAUUAAUUGUGUGUUUGCUUGAAAGUUAAUUUGUUCAUGAUAAUAAAUUUAGUUUAAUACAAAACUACACAAUUUAUAACAAUGGGAGUGAUUAAGAAUCCGGAAAUUAAAUAUACCCAGCUCUUCAUAAACAACGAGUUCGUAAACUCCGUGAGCGGGAAGACCUUCGAGACCUUCAACCCUACGAACGGCAAAGCGAUCACAAGUGUUCAGGAAGGAGACAAAGCCGACAUCGAUAAGGCUGUGGCCGCCGCCCGGCAUGCCUUCCGACGGGGGUCGACUACUGUUCAAACUGGCGGACCUACUCGAGCGCGACAUCGACUACUUGGGCAGUUUGGAGACACUGGACAACGGCAAGCCAUUAAGAACUCUGAGUGGCGAUCGAUCGACGCCUCCCAAAGGGGUCGACUACUGUUCAAACUGGCGGACCUACUCGAGCGCGACAUCGACUACUUGGGCAGUUUGGAGACACUGGACAACGGCAAGCCAUUCGCCGACGCCCUGUGGGAUAUGAACGCCGCCAUCGCAUCCCUGCGCUAUUACGCCGGUUGGGCCGACAAAAUUCACGGCAAAGUGAUUCCCGCCGACGGACCCCUCUUCGCCUUCACUCGCGCCGAACCCGUCGGCGUUUGCGGACAAAUCAUUCCCUGGAAUUUCCCUCUGUUUAUGAUGUCGUGGAAGAUCGGGCCCGCGUUGGCCACCGGUAACACUGUUGUGGUUAAACCGGCCGAACAGACCCCGUUGUCUGCCCUGUAUUUGGCGAGUUUGGUAAAAGAGGCCGGAUUUCCGGCGGGUGUUGUGAAUGUCGUUACCGGUUACGGACCGACAGCCGGUGCCGCCCUAUCCGAGCACAAGGAUGUGGACAAAGUGGCGUUCACGGGCUCGACGGAAGUGGGCAAGAUCAUUCAGGCGGCAGCGGGCAGAUCCAAUUGCAAACGAGUGACACUGGAAAUGGGUGGCAAAUCGCCCUUGGUCAUUUUUGAUGACGCCGAUCUCGAGGCCGCCGUACAAACAGCGCAUAUUGGUGUUUUCCUCAAUAUGGGUCAGUGCUGUUGCGCCUCAUCGCGAAUCUACGUUCACGAAAACAUUUACGAUAAGUUUGUUCAGCGAUCGGUAGAGUUGGCCAAAGCCCGAGUGGUGGGCGACCCGACAGACCCCAAGACACAACAGGGCCCGCAAGUGGACGGCGACCAGUUCGAGAAGAUCCUGUCCCUCAUCGACAUCGGCCGUAAAGAGGGCGCAAACCUAUUGACUGGUGGCAAGAGGUGGGGCACUCAGGGCUUCUUUAUUCAGCCCACGGUUUUCAGUGAUGUGAAAGACGACAUGACCAUCGCUAAGGAGGAGAUCUUCGGUCCGGUGCAGUCGCUGUUCAAAUUCAAGACAUUCGAUGAGGUGAUCGACCGGUGCAACAACACUGAGUACGGUUUGGCCGCCGGUGUGUUCACCAAAGACAUCAACAAAGCGUUG